AUGAAAGCCAACUACGCAAAAAUGCACCAUGUCCGGCAAGCCGGUGUGGUGAUGGUCCUUGUCCUUAGCGCUGUUGUCGCUUGUGCCUCCGCCGGUGGCUACGGCGGCGGCUACGGCCAUGGUGCCGGUCUUGGCUACGGAGGUGGCUACGGUGCCGGUCUCGGCCUGGGCGGUUUCGGCUACGGUGCUGGACUUGGCGGUUUCGGACUCGGCGGCGGAUUCGGCGGCGGAUUCGGCGGCGGAUUCGGUGGUGGACUCGGCGGUGGACUCGGCGGUGGAUUCGGCGGCGGUGUUGGCAGUGGACUCGGCAGGGCCGUGGGUCUUGGUCUCGCUGCUGGAGUCGGCGCCGGAGUCGGCGUUGGAGUCGGCGGCACCCUCGCCGGCGGUGGCGUUGCCAGCGCUCCACGUCUCCUCGGUGUUGGACCAGCCCUAGCUCAGGGAGUUGCCACCGUGUCCGUUCUCAGGCAACCAGUCGUCCAGCAGCACCAUGUCACUCGUCAAGUGGUGAACUACGUCAGAGCUCCAGUUACCACUGUCUCCCACAAUGUCAGGCCUACUGUCCUCAACCAUGCUGGCGGAUUCGGCGGCGCUGGCUUCGGUCUCGGUGGCGCUGGUCUCGGUCUUGGCGCCGGUCUCGGUGGCUUCGGCGGUGGUUACGGCUUUGGCGGGGGCUACGGCCUUGGAGGGGGCUACGGCCUUGGAGGAGGAUAUGGUGCCAAGGGAGGUUACGGACUUGCCGGAGGUUUCGGCAAGGGAUGGUAG